CUUCUUCUCCUUCUUCAUCUUUUUCUCCUAUCUCCUCUUCUUCUAUUUCUCUUUCUCCUUCCACCCCUUCCACCCUUUCUGGCACUCUUCCUUCUUCCACUUCUCUAACUUCCUCUCUCUCUCCUUCUUCUGCUUCAACGUUGUCCCCUACAAUACAACCUUCUACAGCAUCCAAUGGACUUGGGACAACUACUUCGAGUUCAUCAUCUCCAAAUACAACAAGUAUAUCUGCCACCCCUACCAUUCAGAGCACAUCUCAGGGAACCACAAAUGUAACUCAGAGUUUUAUUUCGACUCCAAUCACUACCUCGACUCUUAUCUCAGCAAACGAAAGUACCAUCGAAACCAUCACAACAUCAACUGUUGGUGUAUCGCAAAGUGUUGAUUCCAAUACAACGACAAACGUAACGGAACCACCAGCGAUAACAAAGGAGAAUACAGUACCAGUUAUUACUACAAAGGGACCAGCGGUUACCACAGGUGCACCUGUAACAAUGCAGCCAGUUAUAUCCAAAUUUGAGUUCCCGUUUCGGAUGUCAUUCAACACAACAUUCAAUACAGAAUUACUCGAUCGCAACUCUCCUCUUUACAGAACGGUGUCGGACAAUAUUACUGGAGAGUUAACUGAAGUGUAUAAAAAUACACCCGGUUUCAUUUCAGUAUUAGUUACCGGAUUUAGGGAAGGUUCCACCCUCGUAGACUACGACCUUACAGUACAUAGCUAUGUUAAUCAAAGCAGCGUGAUUAACUUUAUUAAUUCGACGGGUGCGAACAAUAUUCGCGCUCUUUCUACUUCUUUAGGAAUUCCAUCCAAUGUAGAGGAAGACAUGCUGAGCAACAUACAGCAAGCCCAGCUAAGAUAUACUGAUCGCUGUCUGACAAAAGGCGCGUGCAAGCCUUCAUAUAAAUGUAUAAACAACAUGUGCAGUUUAAUAUGUACCAAAAAUAUCUGUUUAAACGGCGGACAGUGUUUUACUGACAGCAACAGUACCGUCAUUUGCAAGUGUUCAGAAAAUUGGAAAUAUUACUACUCCGGUUCCAAAUGUGAAAAUGAAAAUAUGUCGUGGAAGUUUAUUAGCAGUAUAGCCGGAGGAAUUGGUGCGGCUGUUGUGCUUAUUUUCUUGAUCAUCAUUGUGGCAUUGUGUUGCAAACGCAAGAAAGCAGUGAGCAUGGCAGUGACAGUUUCCCACUUUCAAGGAAAGCCAAUGGUUUUGAACCGGAAAUCAUGAAUGCGUAUGCUUAUGACAAUAAAGCUAUGUCACACACUGAAUACGAUGAACUAGCUAAUUAUGAGUCACAACAACAACAACCACAACAACAACAACAACAGAGUCCAGUAUACUAUGCUCAAAGUGAAUUCAGACCAAACUUGAGCCAUAUUGACACUGCUAAAGAUUAUUCAAUUGUAAGACCUAAAAUUGGAUCAUGCCCAUCUUCAGUUGCUUCAAAUGGUCACAUGUAUGAUGUAAUGGACCCUAAUAGAAGACCUUACUAAAUUUCUAUUGAACAACACCAGCAACAGAAUGAAGAAAAAUGAAUAGAAGUGACGAUGCUGAGAAAGAAACUAGAAAAAUUGGCGGAGAUGAGGGUAAAGGAAACAUAAAACACAUUAAGAA